UCAGUCAAGAGCGGAGUGUGUGAGUGCACACACAAAAGAGAGAGAACAGACGAUAGAAAGAGAGAGCGGUUCUAUUCUGGUGUGUUUGUCUCCUCCAGACACCCAGGACUCCUCUGUCUCUCUCUACCCCGGCAGGGUGCUUGCUGAUGGUGUAACACUAGAUCGGCUCAGCCUCCCUCCUUUGGGAACUCUGGAGCUCCCUCUCUCACCUUCUGUGUUUGCUCUCCACCGACUGGCUGACUUUCUUUAUUUGGAGAGUGCGAGAGUGUGUUUUACUCGGCAGGAUUAGGCAGUCUGUAUGCACUCUGGUACAAGCUGGUACGGUGGAGGGCGUUUCGUUCGUGAGUGUGUUGUUCGCCCUCUCGCUCUGCGAGCCACACUCAAGUCUCUCAUGCACCCUUCGGCUCUAACGGAAACACGCACCUACUAUUCCCAAGGAUUUGGGAUAUGUGUAUAAAGGUUUAUCCUUCUCUGAAUUGUGGAUACAGAGAGGACUACACAUUACAACUUCACUGAGCAGGUUGAGAGAGGGAGGAUUUCCCUCUUGUAUUACCCUCUGUCCAGGCUGACCAGUGAGGUCUCCGAGUACCGAGGGGCUGCUUUUCCCAUUGACGCAAUUUCAGAUAGCGAACCUGAUGAGAGGAUGCAGCAGGAAGCAGAUGAGCGACUGAGCCCCACCUGAGCCCUGACCCCUGACCCCUGACCCAUCACCUCCCACCCCCGCCCCCACCGGCCAUCCCAUCAUGCACCUGCCAUUUCGAGGUCGUCUGAAGCUGCUAGUGGCAUCUUUGACCGCCGUCAUCCUGCUCACCUGGCUCUACCUGCUGGCUGGGAACCUGGAGAAUGGGCGUUCUCUCCUCCUGUCCCCCUGUCUGUCAGAGACCCCCGAGGCACGGGUUCUAGAGCGGGCGGUUCUAGAGUCGCGGGUGCGCGAGAUGGAGGAGGAGAACAGGCAGAUCCGCUUGCAGCUCAACCAAUUGCAGGGCACGGCUGGCCAGCCCGCCGACGGUGGUAACUACGGCAAUGCGGCGUGGGGGGCAUCAGCUGACACUGGGCCCGAGGAUGUGGAGAACACGGCAGAGGAGAGAGCCAAUCACACCGAGUGUCCCCGUUCGCCCACCAUACUGAAGUGUGAGCUGAUCCAUGUAGCGUGCGUGUGUGCCGGUCACAACGCCAGCAGAGAUGUGGUCACCCUGGUCAAGUCCAUCCUGUUCCACAGGAGAAACCCUCUCCAUUUCCACUUCAUCACAGACGCAGUAGCCAAUCAGAUCCUGAGUUCUCUGUUCCAGUCCUGGAUGGUUCCGUCUGUACAAGUUAGCUUCUAUGACGCAGACGAACUCAAGUCGGAGGUGUCAUGGAUACCUAACAAGCACUACUCAGGUAUCUACGGCCUGAUGAAGCUGACCCUAACCAAAGCGCUGCCCUCUGACCUCACAAAGGUCAUCGUCCUGGAUACGGACAUCACCUUCGCCACCGACAUCGCUGAGCUCUGGGCCAUCUUCAGGAAGUUCACUGACAAGCAGGUGAUAGGUCUGGUGGAGAACCAGAGUGACUGGUACCUGGGGAACCUGUGGAAGAACCACAAACCCUGGCCCGCCCUGGGACGAGGCUUCAACACUGGGGUCAUCCUGCUCUACCUGGAGAGGCUGCGACGGAUUGGCUGGGAGCAGAUGUGGAGGCUGACCGCCGAGAGAGAGCUGAUGAGCAUGCUCAGUACCUCGCUGGCGGACCAGGACAUCUUUAAUGCGUUCAUUAAGCAGAACCCAGUCCUAGUGCAUCAGCUGCCCUGCUUCUGGAACGUUCAGCUGUCUGACCACACACGGUCCGAACAGUGCUACACAGAGGUGUCUGACCUCAAGGUGAUCCAUUGGAACUCUCCUAAGAAACUUCGUGUGAAGAACAAGCAUGUGGAGUUCUUCAGGAAUCUCUACCUUACUUUCCUCGAGUAUGAUGGGAACCUACUGAGACGAGAGCUUUUUGGCUGCCCCAGCCAGGCCACCUCAGAGAGCGUUCGGUUACAAGGAGAUCUGGAGGAGCUGGAUGAAGACGACCAAUGUUAUGACUUCCGGCGGGAGCGAAUCACAGUGCACCGCGUGCACCUCUACUUUCUGCAGUACGAGUACACGCCAGCCGGGGAUGACACAGACGUCACGCUGGUCGCACAGCUCUCCAUGGACAGGUUACAGAUGCUGGAGGCCAUAUGUAAGCACUGGGAAGGACCUAUCAGCCUGGCCCUGUACAUGUCAGACGCUGAGGCCCAACAGUUUCUGCGUUACGCCCAGGCCUCUGAGGUGCUGAAGAACCGUAAGAACGUGGGCUACCAUAUCGUUUACAAGGAGGGCCAGUUCUACCCCGUCAACCUGGUGAGAAAUGUGGCCCUGAGGAACGCCAACACACCCUAUGUGUUCCUGGCAGACGUUGACUUCCUGCCCAUGUACGGCCUCUAUGAUUACCUCAGAAGGUCAGUGGUCCAGUUAGACAUGGCCCACACUAAGAAAGCUCUGGUUGUGCCGGCCUUUGAGACGCUGCGCUACCGCCUCUCCUUUCCCAAAUCCAAAGCUGAGCUGCUCUCCAUGCUGGACAUGGGGACCCUCUACACCUUCAGGUAUCACGUCUGGACCAAGGGCCAUGCUCCUACCAACUAUGCCAAGUGGAGGACAGCCACCACGCCCUAUAAGGUGGAGUGGGAGGCAGACUUUGAGCCCUAUGUGGUGGUGAAGCGGGACUGUCCUGAGUACGACCAGCGCUUUGUUGGAUUUGGCUGGAACAAGGUCUCCCAUAUCAUGGAGCUAGAUGCGCAGGAGUAUGACCUGAUGGUUCUGCCCAACGCGUUCAUGAUCCACAUGCCACACGCACCCAGCUUCGACAUCUCCAAGUUCCGCUCCAGCCCAGGCUACCGAUACUGCCUGCAGACCUUAAAAGAAGAGUUCCACCAAGACCUGUCCCGGAAGUACGGCGCAGCCGCCCUCAAGUACCUUACUGCUCAGAGGAACAUCUAAACCAGGACUCCCAAGGGCCACUGGGCUUCAUACCUAGGGCCCGAAUGGCCCCCAUGCUGCUGCCUCGCAAGUCUAAAGGGGUUUGGGAAUACUGGCAACUAUCAGCCAAUAUCACUACUAAGCUUGAAUAGCUUUAAAGUCUUGUAGAACAUUCUAGAGAUGUGUUAGCUAAACUUUCUGGGGUGGUUUGGGCUGGGAUGACCCACCCAACUAUGCUAUAAUGGGUUAUGACCCAAACUGGAAUAAAAACAAAGAACCAAACAGAUCAGACAUGACAGUGGUCACACGAUAUUGGGCUCACUGGGAAGACGUUUCUCUGAAAGGGAUGAGAGGUUGACUGAUUUAAGUCUGGGAGUAAGUGACGAUUAUCAUGAUUUGUUCUGACAAUCAGGGCCUUUUCUGAGGAAAACACAUUUCAAACCAAUCCGUCCACAUGGGAUAUCUGUACCUGGAACUCAAGGACAGGAAUUUGGGGAAACACAGACCUGAAAGAAAAGAAAGUUGCAUCUUCCCUGGUCUCUUCAAGGGAAUGAGUCGGAAUCACGUUCGGAGUGACCAAUCGAACUGGAGAAACAUUUAAGCCUUAUAAUUUUCCAUUAUAUUUAAUAAGAUAUUUAAUGAUAUCAGUAUUUUUCUCAAUGUAAAUGAUUAUCAAUUAAUAACAAACAAAUAUGGCAUACAUACACUAUCAGUCAAAAUGUUUAGAACAUUUACUCAUUCAAGGGUUUUUCUUUAUAUUUACAAUUUUCUACAUUGUAGAAUAAUACUGAAGACUGCACUUGAUUGGCUCAAACACAUUAAGAAGGAAAGAAAUUCUACAAAUGAACAUAAGGCA